AUGGUGCUUGCUCCCAAGAUCUAUCCUCGCGCAACAGUGAAGCGCAUCGUGAAAGCCCAUACCAAGCGAAAUAUAUCCAAAAACGCGGAUGUCUUGAUAUUCCUAGACUAUAUGCUCUUUAUGGAAGAACUGAUGCGCGAGGCCUCUAUUCGUUCGAGGAGAAGUGGGGAGAAAGCUAUCUCCGCUAAAAACAUCCGCAAAGUGGCUGAGGGCACAUUACGGAAAUUCAAAGGAUAG